AUGCCAUCAAAAGUUCAUGAGGUAACUGGGCACAAAUUUGUGGCCACCGUGCUUCGGCAACCAUCUUUUUGCUCGCAUUGCAAGAAUUUUAUUUGGGGAUUUGGCAAGAUGGGAUACAAAUGUGAAUGUUGUAAGGUGGUUGUGCACAAGAAGUGUCACCAAGAGAUUGGCUGGGAAUGCCCGAAGAAGGAAGCGAGUGUACAACAAGAGGCUGAAGUGGAAAUGUCUUCGGAUGGGGAGCAACAAUGCACAAAUUCUCCUCACCAGUUCACCAAGCACACCUAUAAGACACCGAAGUUCUGCGAUCACUGUGGUGCUUUGAUGUACGGUCUCUACAACCAAGGUCUUCAAUGCUCGACCUGUCCCGUCAACAUACACAAGAGAUGUCAAAAGAAUGUGGUCAAUCUGUGCCGUGUGAAUACUCAACAAAUGGCUGUU